AAAAUGUUGUUGAAUGUUACAAAUAAACCCUUUCAAUAAUUUGGGAGUAUAAUAUCAUCAGACCAAUAUUCUAAUCGAGGACCAAAGUUUUUGAAUAGUAAAUUGACCCUUCAAAUCUCACACCGCCCAUUUCCCUAAAAAAAUAUUAUGCCACCAGCUUUAUAUAAAGAAAAAAUAUACAAAAUUAAUGGAAAUGGCGGAAAAAAAAUUACUAGUACUAUCUCAAUCGUAACUGGCGAAACACCGCCGCUGACUUACAUUCCGAUAACAAUGGCUGCAGUGGCGGAGAGUUCGAAGGAAGACAACAAGCUCGUCAUUGUUAGGGUUAAGAGAAAAGCUUACCAGUCUCGCCUUGACGCUUUCUGGCUCGAAAUCAAUGAGAGGCCAGUUAAACGACCAUUGAUCGAUUUUGCCAAGCUGAAAAUAGAUGAAUCUUCAAGUAGAGUGGAAGAAUUGAAGAGCCGAAAGGUACUUGUGCGACAUGUGGAGACAGUAGCUAGCUCAGAGGUCACUAUUGAUAUCGUGAAGUCUUUUGUGCAGUCGGCUCCAGCAGAUUCUUCAGAAGGCAAAGAGAAAUCUGAGAUAAGGCGAAGUUUUAGGACAGAAAAGAAACAAGAUCGGCUACUUGCCAAGGCUAAGCAAAAGCAAGAGGAUUUGUCAAAAUCUGCCCGGUUUGAGCAAAUAUGGAAAAGCAGAAAAGAAAAGAGCAAACUAAUGCACGACAAAGAGCUGAAUGAGAUGUGUCGGCUAUAUGAUGUUAUUCGUGUUGAUACUGAAGAAAAAAGCCAUGAAGUGCAAGAGGAGACUACUGGUUUUGAAGAUCAGAAGAUGAUGUCCCAAUAUUUGCCUCUUUUAUGGGAAGUCAUGCCGAGUGCUGCUGAAGAAAUUGAGUCAGAGAUUCAUAAUAAUGCGAUGAAACAAGCAUCUUCAGAUGGUUAUGUUUAUGACUAUUAUGCUGUUAAGAAGGAUACCAACACUGAUGAUGAUAUUGCUAGCCCUUUUCCGUUGGUAAAGGUUGAUGAAGAUGAUGACUACUAUGAUGGUCCUGAUCAUUCAGACUACGAAUCUGAUGAUUCCAAUGCUGAACACAAUCCCUGGAAUGAUUAUCCGGAUGAAGAGGAAUCUGAAGAUGAGGAUGAAACCCACUCAUCAAGUGAUAAAUCAGAAGUUUCAAGCAGCAAUUCUGAGGAACAAUAUGGAUCUGAUACUGUUGGUGUAAUUACUUUUAAGAAUAUGAGCAUGGGCCGCGAAGAUUGGCCAGAUUAUGCUGAAGAUAUGUAUGGUGAGUUAGAUGUUGAAGCUUCCGAUGAUGAUGAUGACGAGGAGGAAUGGUGACCAUCAGUACAUGCCAUGUUUAACUUCUCAUCAGUACCUAUUUCGUGCAUUCCUGUAAAUGUCUCUGCGGAUCAAGUUCACCUUGUCUUGUGAAUGACAUGUAGUUAUGUUUUUUGAACCGGCUAAUUCUGCUAUCUGUGCUACUGUUGAAUGACAUGCAGUUAAGUGAUUGGGCAAAAAUCCUUUCCCCUGAUCUUGCCAAUUUGGUAAAUCUCAGUCAGGUUUCCACUCGUAAGUGCCUCUUAACUGUAGUUGUCGAGUUAACAAUUUAUGAUUAUGUUGUCUUUGUUUUUCA